AUAACACUGUACCUAAAAAUAAACAGGUUUAUAAAUAUAAUAUAUUAUCUCGAACUCUUGCACCGUAAAAUAUAACUUCAUACAAGUGGGUAUGUAUGCACUAAAAACUAUGAGAGGAUGUCAAAAAAUCAAAGAAUAGCUAUAGGUAUAGACUUAGGUACAACAUAUAGUUGUGCUGCCUUUUUCAAAAACGGCAAGAUUGAAGUCAUACUCAAUGACCAAGGGAAUAGAACCACCCCUUCUUAUAUUGGGUUUACUAACAAUGCCAGAUUAGUUGGAGAUGGAGCUUAUUAUCAAGCGUGUUUGAAUCCAAAGAAUACUAUAUUUGCAGCGAAGAGACUAAUCGGUAGAGAAUUCAAUGAAAAAGAAGUCCAAUCAGAUAUUAAUUAUUUGCCAUACAACGUUGUUAACAUAAAUAAUAGACCCCAUAUUGAAAUUAAUUCAGGUGGAGAUUAUAAACAAUUGCCAGUGGAAGAAGUAGCUUCCAUGAUACUUGUCAAGUUGAAAGAAGCAGCAGAAUUGACGUUGGAACGGGAAGUAACAGAUGCUGUAAUUACGGUACCUGCUUACUUUAAUGAUUCACAAAGGCAAUCUACAAAGGAUGCGGCCACAAUAGCUGGAUUUAAUGUUUUGAGAAUAAUCAAUGAACCAACAGCAGCUGCUCUAGCGUAUGGUUUUAACUUGUCGGCCGAUGAUUAUGAUAAUCGACUUAUGAAGAAAAAACAUUUAACGGAUACAAGGAUAAUUGGACACAGAAGAAGUCAGACUGAUGGUAGAAAUAUAUUAGUAUACGAUCUUGGAGGUGGAACAUUUGAUGUAUCAGUUUUAAAUAUAAGCAAGGGAAUUUUCACAGUAAAGGCAACCGACGGAGAUACACAUUUAGGCGGAGAAGACUUUGAUAAUAAGUUAGUGAGAUACUUCUCCAAGCAAUUUGAAAAAGAGACAGGAAGAAACGUAACCUCCGAUGCAAGAGGAUUGGCUAAAUUGAAAAACGCUUGUGAAAUAGCAAAAAGAUCCUUGUCUACAAACAUAGAAGCAAAGAUUAAUAUUGAACUGUUUAUAGAUGGAAUAAGUCUUGUUGGUACUAUUACAAGAGCUGCUUUUGAGCAAUUAUGUGCUGAUUUGUUUAACUCUACUUUAGAUACUGUUAAGAAUGUCUUGAUAGCAUCUGGAAUAGAAAAAUAUGCAAUUGAUGAAAUUAUUCUUGUAGGUGGAUCUACUCGUAUUCCAAAAAUCCAAAGCUUAGUGUCAGAAUUCUUUGGCGGAAAAAAGCCUAACAAAUCCAUACAUCCUGAUGAAGCAGUUGCUCACGGAGCUGCAAUACAAGCUGCUAUGUUAAUCAACGAUGAAAUGGCCUCUAUAACUAAAAAUUUGCAUCUACAUGAUGUGAGUUCAUUAUCAUUAGGUAUUCGACUCGAAGGCGGAAUGAUGCAUAUUUUAAUUCCAAGAAACACAUCUCUUCCUUCUUCUGUUACAGAAAAGUUUUACAAUACUAUGGAUUAUCAGAAGUUACGAACAUAUUCAAUAUACGAAGGUGAGAAAAAAAUGGUCAAGGAUAAUCAUUUGCUAGGCGAGUUUAUUUUAGAAAACGUUACAUUAGCCAGAAAAGGGGAAGCAGAAGUAAGUCUAACCAUGUCACUAGAUUGUGAUGGAUUAUUGGAAGUUAGUGCAAUCGAUCAAGGAACAGGAUCGUAUAGGAAUAUUACAGUUACAAAUCAAUCUAAUAGAUUGACCGAUGAACAGAUUGUACAGUUGAUAAGAAAUGCCGACGAGUAUUAUCAAAAAGAUCAAGAAGAAUUAUUAAGAGAUGAAGCUAGGAAUAAUUUAGAACACUAUGUAUACUCAAUAGUUUCAGCCUUCGAAGACCACAGCAAUAAGCUUUCCCCGAUCAAUAGAAGUAUAAUUGAAGAUGAAAUAGAUAGUAUGUGUGCUUGGCUUGAAAGCACGAUGCAGGGUUCUAUCGCAGAAUAUGAAUAUAACCAUGAUUUGUUCAAGCUGAAAGUUCAUUCUAUUAUGUCUCCUUACUUGGCAGGUAUAUAAAAAUUAUUCAUGAGACUGAUAGAUCUUGUCGAUUAGCUUUGAGAGUGUAGAUUAUGCUAAUAUCAUAUUAUCAUAUUUAAGUUUAAUUUGAGCUGUUUAAUUAAUUAUGGAUUAUGGAGUAUCUUGUAGCACAAAAAUAAAAAAUUAGCCGCCCCUGCUCUUU